CCUGAAGCCCCCCCAGCUCGUCAUGCAGCAGCAGUUGGCCAACAGCUUCUUCCCAGACACAGACCUGGACAAGUUUGCGGCUGAGGACAUCAUGGACCCCAUUGCCAAGGCCAAGAUGGUGGCACUGAAGGGCAUCAAGAAGGUGAUGGCUCAGGGCAGCAUUGGGGUGGCCCCAGGCAUGAACAGGCAACAGGUUUCCCUGCUGGCCCAGCGGCUCUCGGGGGGCCCAGCAGUCUCUGAGAUGCAGAACCACUUGCUGGCAGGGAGCGGGCAGGAGCGAAGCGGCGCAGACCCAACCCAGGCUCGGCCCAACCCGCCCACCUUCGCACAGGGCGUCAUCAACGAGGCUGACCAGCGGCAGUACGAGGAGUGGCUGUUCCACACGCAGCAGCUGCUGCAGAUGCAGCUGAAGGUGCUGGAGGAGCAGAUCGGGGCUCACCGCAAGUCCCGCAAGGCGCUCUGUGCCAAGCAGCGCACGGCCAAGAAGGCCGGCAGGGAGUUCCCCGAGGCCGACGCCGAGAAGCUGAAGCUGGUGACGGAGCAGCAGAGUAAGAUCCAGAAGCAGCUGGACCAGGUGCGGAAGCAGCAGAAGGAACACACCAACCUCAUGGCCGAGUACCGCAACAAGCAGCAGCAGCACCAGCACCAGGCCUCGGCCGUCAUGGCCCUGAGCCCCUCGCAGAGCCCUCGCCUCAUGUCCAAGCUCCCGGGGCAGCUCCUCUCAGCACACGGGGUGCAGCAGCCCGGGGGGGAGCUGUCGCUGCUGCCGCUGACGGAGCCGACCAUCACAGCCAACUUCAGCCUCUUUGCGCCCUUCGGCAGCAGCCCCAUCAACGGGAAGAGCCAACUGCGGGGCGCCUUCGGCAGCGCCGUGCUCGACAGCGUCCCUGACUACUACUCCCAGCUGCUCACCAAGAACAACCUCAGCAACCCGCCCACGCCGCCCUCCUCGCUGCCCCCCACGCCCCCUCCCUCCGUGCAGCAGAAGAUGGUGAACGGUGUCACGGCCCCCGAGGAACUGGGUGAGCAGCCCAAGGACACCGACCCAGCCCGCGAGCCCCACGGCCAGAAGGACGCACCGGCUGUGGAGGUGAAGAGCCUGGACCUGCUGGCAGCUCUGCCCACCCCACCACACAACCAGACUGAGGACGUCAGGAUGGAGAGCGACGAUGAGAGCGACUCCCCUGACAGCAUCGUCCCUGCCUCGUCCCCCGAGAGCGUCCUGGGCGAGGAGCUGCUGCGAUUCCCGCUGCUCAGCGAGGCCAAGCCAGAGCUGGAGGAGCGUGUGCUGUCUCCCAUCAUCCCCAUCAUCCCCCGGGCCAGUAUCCCAGUGUUCCCUGACACGAAACCCUACGAGGCUGCAGAGCCCUUUGGGGCCCCCCCAGGGAAGGUGGGGGCAGCAGGCCCAGGAGCCCCGUGGGAGAAGGGCAAGAGCAGCGAGGUCUCUGUCAUGCUGACGGUGUCCGCGGCGGCUGCCAAGAACCUCAAUGGGGUGAUGGUGGCCAUGGCUGAGCUGCUGAGUGUGAAGAUCCCCAGCUCCUACGAGGUGCUGUUCCCUGACGGCCCCGUGCGAGUGGCCGUGGUCGAGGCCAAGAAGGUGGAGGCUGAUAUGGCCGGGAUGCUCGGAGGGAAGGAGAAGACGGACGGGCCGGCCCGCCUGCUCAACCUCGACCUCGACCUCUGGGUCCACCUGAACUGCGCCCUGUGGUCCACGGAGGUGUACGAGACGCAGGGCGGGGCCCUGAUCAACGUGGAGGUGGCCCUGCACCGCGGGCUGCUCACCAAGUGCUCCCUGUGCCAGAAAACCGGCGCCACCAACAGCUGCAACCGCAUCCGCUGCCCCAGCGUGUACCACUUCGCCUGCGCCAUCCGCGCCAAGUGCAUGUUCUUCAAGGACAAGACCAUGCUGUGCCCCCUGCACAAGCUGAAGGGGCCCUGCGAGCAGGAGCUCAGCAGCUUCACCGUGUUCCGCCGCGUGUACAUCGAGCGGGACGAGGUGAAGCAGAUCGCCAGCAUCAUCCAGCGCGGGGAGCGGCUCCACAUGUUCCGCGUGGGCGGGCUGGUCUUCCACGCCAUCGGGCAGCUGCUGCCCCACCAGAUGGCCGACUUCCACAGCGUCACCGCGCUCUACCCCGUGGGCUACGAGGCCACGCGCAUCUACUGGAGCCUGCGGACCAACAACCGCCGCUGCUGCUACCGCUGCACCAUCUGCGAGAACAACGGGCGCCCCGAGUUCGUCGUGCAGGUCAUCGAGCAGGGCCUGGAGGAUCUCGUCUUCUCUGACUCCUCGCCGCAAGCCGUCUGGAACCGGAUCAUCGAGCCGGUGGCGAUGAUGAGGAAGGAGGCCGACAUGCUGCGGCUCUUCCCCGAGUACCUGAAGGGCGAGGAGCUCUUCGGCCUCACGGUGCACGCGGUGCUGCGCAUCGCCGAGUCGCUGCCGGGUGUCGAGAGCUGCCAGAACUACCUGUUCCGCUACGGGCGCCAUCCCCUGAUGGAGCUGCCACUGAUGAUCAACCCCACCGGCUGCGCCCGCUCUGAGCCCAAGAUCCUCACCCAUUACAAGAGGUAA